GUGAUUGUGAGAGUUACCCAAAUGAGGACUCGUCUGAAAGAUGUAAGUAUAAACACGCAUAGAUUACAGUAUAUAAUGUAUGAUACAGUGGUGAGAGCGGUAACAGCUGCACAUUAAAUAAUUUUAUAUGUUUUUUUUUAAUUAGAUAAUCUAAGCGUCUCUGCUGGACAAGCACGUUUGAAUGCAGAAACUGUGUGGGGUGCUUUAAGAGGUAAUUAUUAUUAAUACAGUUGAUUAAAGCUCCAGUGUUGGUGAUGGCAAAUGUCUUGUGUGCAUAUUAAUGUAUGUUUUUUUUUUGUUUAAGCACAGGUCUGGAAACCUUUAGUCAGUUGGUGUAUCAAGAUAAUGCUGGCUCAUAUUUUAUAAAUAAGACUGACAUCGAAGACUUCCCCCAGUUUCCAUACAGGGGGAUUUUACUGGACACAUCACGCCAUUAUUUACCUGUGCAGGCCAUUUUGAAAACCCUGGAUGCAAUGGCUUACAGUAAGUUUAACGUGUUUCACUGGCACAUUGUUGAUGACCCCUCCUUCCCUUACCAGAGUCAAACAUUUCCAGACCUUUCUGUUAAGGGGGCUUUCCAUCCAAUGACUCACGUCUACAGACAGUCGGAUGUGAGAAGGGUGAUCUCAUAUGCCAGAAUGAGGGGAAUAAGAGUCCUUCCAGAGUUUGAUACUCCAGGCCACACACAAUCUUGGGGAAAAGGGCAGUCUGACUUGUUGACACCCUGCUACAAAUGGGGUGCUCCUUCAGGCACUUUUGGACCUGUAAACCCAGCUUUACCAUCCACCUACCACUUCAUGACAUCACUGUUUAGGGAAGUGGCUUCAGUGUUUCCUGACUCCUAUGUCCACUUAGGAGGGGACGAGGUUGACCAUUCUUGCUGGAGAUCAAACCCUUACAUCCGUGCAUUCAUGCAGAAGAUGGGAUUUGGAGUUGACUUCCUUAAACUGGAAGCUUUCCACAUGGAGAAAAUUACAAACAUCACAUCAACUCUCAACAAGACGUCUGUUGUAUGGCAGGAGGUUUUUGACAAUAAUAAACAACACCGUCCUCUGUCAGUGGUGGAAGUUUGGAAACAGGGCUGUUACCUGUGUGAAGUACGCAGGGUGGUUAAAGCCGGGCUCAGGGUGAUUCUGGCCUCUCCGUGGUAUCUGGACCUGCCAGGACCCACACACAACUGGGCCCGCUACUACACUGUGUGGCCGCUUGCCUUCAAGGGAACAGAGGAACAGAAGAGGCUGGUUAUUGGCGGUGAAGUCUGUUUGUGGGGGGAAUAUGUGGACGCCACCAAUCUUGCUCCACGACUCUGGCCGAGAGCUGGCGCUGCUGCAGAGAGACUGUGGAGCAGCGAGAAGCAGACUUCCAGCGUGGAGCGAGCUUCUCCUCGGCUGCAGGACUUUCGAUGCAGACUGCUCAGACGAGGGGUCCAAGCAGAGCCUCUGGAUGUGGGACACUGCAGACACGAGUACCAAGGUGUCUGAAGAUGGAUGACAUGCGAGCGCUUUGGGCGUUGGAGCGAAACAAGUUCAGGAUUUUAGUUUCAGUUAAGAAACAUCGAAGAAGCACAACUUGGCUUUGUGUUUUUUUCACCUUA